GUUAAUUCCUUUCCUACCUGUUCAUUCUCAAUCUUUUCUUUGUUCAACAUUAUACUACUUGCCAUUAGUAAGUAGUAUGAUUUUUAUAUGUUAAUUUAAUACAAUGACAUUUGCUUACAACUGCAGUUAAAUUACUUGUUCUAUUAUCAUUCUAUUAAUGUAUAGUUCUUAUUUUUCUUCUCCUUAAACAUUACUUGCUGCAUUUACCCUAUAGUGUAUGCUUUACCAGUGAAAGUUGUUUGUUCAUAUUUGUUUAUUCUUUGCUUGGCAUUCGCGGGCCGUUUGAACCGACACGUGGAUCGACCUUGACACAGCAUUGCUGUUUUUACUUAUUGACUGCACAGUGGUUGUGCAUUUGACGGCAUUUAGCCACAGACACCUCACAUUUUGAGGUUUGUAUAUUAUAUAUCUAUUUUUAUGUAAUAAAGUACCGUAUUUCAGGAUAUCCUGUAUUUUGGACUUUACGCGUCACUCUACGUGUGGUUAAAUCUAUAGUUUGGAUUAUCGUUUCGGAUUUCUUUCGGGAGAAAUUCACAGUACUCAAAAUUGGUCUUGUUGAUCUAUUUGGACGAUUAUCAAUGCCGGUUACUCGUAAUAUGUCUGGAAAACUGGAAAACGCUGAAGAAUAUCUUCGAGUCAAUUUAUCUUCACCUGUAUGCUUUACCAGUGAAAGUUGUUUGUUCAUAUUUGUUUAUUCUUUGCUUGGCAUUCGCGGGCCGUUUGAACCGACACGUGGAUCGACCUUGACACAGCAUUGCUGUUUUUACUUAUUGACUGCACAGUGGUUGUGCAUUUGACGGCAUUUAGCCACAGACACCUCACAUUUUGAG